GCAAGCACGCUCCUGCAGCGCAAAGUCUUCUGGGAACUGUAGGCGACGAAAUGACAGUCUCCUCCUAACCAGCAUGGAAGUCUCUACAGAGAGCGUGGAACAGAAAAGUAGAAAUGCAUCUGACCCAGAGGACGACAAAUGUUCAGAUAACGAUUUUGAACCUUCAAUACUUGGAACGAAAGAAUAUUGGGAAGAAGCAUACCAAAGAGAACUUGAGACAUUCACAGACAUUGGGGAUGUUGGUGAGAUAUGGUUUGGUGAGGAGAGCAUGAGCCGUGUGCUGCGCUGGAUGGACAAAGCGAAGAUCCCAGAAAAUGCUUCCAUUCUUGACAUUGGCACUGGAAAUGGAGCCUUUUUAGUUGAACUGGCCAAACACGGAUACAGGAAUCUCAUCGGGAUCGAUUAUUCUCCAGCAUCUGUAGAAUUGUCCAGAAAUGUUCUGAAGGCAGAGGAUUUGACAGAUGUCCCUGUAAAGGAGAUGGAUUUCUUAAACUGUCAAGGAGAGCUAAAGGGUUUUGAUAUCUGCAUUGACAAAGGAACAUUUGAUGCAAUAAGCUUAAACCCGGACGACUCCACAGACUGCAAAACACUUUAUGUCCAAACUCUAAAAGAUGCUCUCAAGGACAAAGGAUUCUUCGUAAUCACUUCCUGUAACUGGACAAAGCAGCAGCUGCUAGACCGAUUUAUUGAAGGAUUUGAGUAUGUACAAGAGUUGCCUACACCCAGUUUUCAAUUUGGAGGAAAAACUGGCAACAGUGUGACGGCACUCAUCUUCAAGCGAGUACAUUGAUUCCCCGGAGGAUAUUUUUUUGUGCCAUCUAUUCCGCAGGUUUUCUGUUAAUCAUAGUAAAUCAUUCUAUGUUUUGAAGACUCUCUAUACCAUACCUCCUUCAUUUUUUUUGGAUAAACAAUGUGUUAUGUAGCAGAUGUACAAUGUCACUUAGCGGGACAGUUUCCUUUAAAUAAAUAUUUUGGGAUUUGU